CUGGGCACGGAGACCUAGAGUUCCCGGCAUGCACCGCGGCUGGAGGUGGAACGGGAGCUGGAACUGCCGGAAGCGCUCCCCGUUCUGCGGUUUCUGGGCCUUGUCUGUGGCGGUGGUAGGCUCUGAAGUCCCCUACGUUCGUCGAGACAGUUUUCACAGCUGAAGGCUCAAGGUAAAGCAGGAUGUCUGUGGAUCCGAUGGCCUAUGAGGCCCAGUUCUUUGGCUUCACCCCACAGACUUGCUUGCUGAGGAUCUACAUAGCAUUUCAAGACCACCUCUUUGAAGUGAUGCAGGCUGUUGAACAGGUUAUCUUAAAGAAGCUGGAGGGCAUUCCAGACUGUGAGAUUAGCUCUAUCCAGACUCGUAAAUGCACAGAGAAGUUUCUUUGCUUCAUGAAAGGACGUUUUGAUAACCUUUUUGGUAAAAUGGAGCAGCUGAUUUUACAAUCAAUUUUGCAAAUUCCUCCAAACAUCCUGCUUCCUGAAGAUAAGUGUCAGGAGACGAAUCCUUUCAGUGAAGAAAAAUUCCAGCUUCUCAAACAGGAAAUCAAAGAGUUACAGGAGAAAUAUAAGGUUGAAUUAUGCACUGAGCAGGCCCUUCUUGCAGAAUUAGAGGAGCAAAAAACUGUUAAAGCCAAACUCAGAGAGACGUUGACUUUCUUUGAUGAGCUUGAAAACAUCGGCAGGUAUCAAGGAACUAGUAACUUUAGGGAGAGUUUGGUGUCUCUGGUCCAGAACUGCAGAAAACUCCAGGAUAUUAGAGACAAUGUAGAAAAAGAGAGCAAAAGGCUGGAAACACAAUAAUUUCUCAGUAGUGAAGAGAGAGCAUGUAAAUAGGUCGCUUUUCUUUGUUUACUCUUAUGUUUAAGGUCUUUUGGGGGCCACGUUCCCCUCCUUUCCUAGGUUACACAAAGCCAGUCAGGAGAUCGGUAUUGCUGCAGGCUCCCGGUCAGACUUCUAAAGCAGAGUUUGCGUUCAUUUGCUUUUCUCCCUCUGAAAGUUGAGUUGACCACCCUCACAUUUGGUAAUGACUUCAGUUCUUUUGUAACUGUACUCAUUUUACUGUUAGGGAUGUUAUAGUAUGAUUUCAGGAGGGAAUAGAAUCCUCAUGGAACUGGAUGCUUCUGUGUAAACCUGGUCUGGGUAUUUAUUGAGUAUAACCCAUGAAGUACAUUAGAGCAAAAAUGCUAGGCUGAGGCAUAGCUGAGUGGUAGAGUAUGCUCGGCAUGUGGGUCCCUCGGGAUUUAACAUGGGAGAGAAGCAAAAAGAGGAGCAGGAAGAAGGAAAAGCAAACAAAGGACAGCAGGAUACAGCAGAGGUGUGGGGGUCAGGGAUAUGGGAUGGUGUAUAUUGCAGUAUUAGAAAGGGCAUGUCUGAUUGAUUGAUAAUGUAAGAUUCAAGUCAAAUAUAGAAGGCGUUAGCCUCGUGCUUAUGGGAUUAUCCUAGGCAAAGAAAACAGUAGAAAACCCAUAAGGUAGAGCAUAUUAAGGAAUUCACACAGCUGGAACAGAUAUGGAAGUGUAGGAAAAGGGGAUACACCUGUCCUGUUCCAGGCUAUUUUUUGUACGACAGACAAGGGCUGAUGAGAUGGGUCAGCAGGUAAAAGUACUUGUAGUACAAGCCUGUUGACCUGUGUAGGAUCCCUAGAACCUACUUAAAGACGGAAAGGAGGCUUGACUCCACAGAUUGUCCUCUGAUUGCUAAAGGUACACUGGCAUGUGCACUCCCAUCUCCCACAUUGUGUAUGCACACACAGUGAUUUAUAUAUCUUAAGAGACAAGCAAAACCCCUGUGUAUGUGUGAAUGUGUGCUAUUAAAACUGACUCCUGAGGGGUUGGGGAUUUAGUUCAGUGGUAGAGCGCUUGCCUAGGAAGCGCAAGGCCCUGGGUUCAGUCCCCAGCUCCGAAAAAAAGAAACCAAAAAAAAAAAAAAAACAAAAC